AUGUCUGUCCCGUCGCCGAAUCGACAGGGCCCAUCGCAUCGUAUUGAUACCUCCAUCUGUCCACAUUUACGUUCACUCAUCGGAGGAGCCACAUCGUCAUCUGCAAAUGAUGGAGAAACGACUCGCGCUGGUGGUGCUUCCGCAGAACAGCGGUGUCCAGUCGUCAUGAGGCGGUUCGUACAAGUUGUGCGGUGGGGAGCGACGGACCAAGGUAUAAAGCGUCGCAAGACCUCCGCUCCAGCAUGUCACUCCUGUUCGUCACCCCUUUCUAGGCCAUUCGCAUGCCUCACUUGCGAUUUUGUCGGAUGCAUAUCCUUGACAGCCGGUUCAUCGUCUUCCUCUAAGCAAUGCAUGAACGAACAUUGGCGGAAAUCUGAGGGAAAAUGCGCUUUCGCUGUCGACUCGAGCUCUGGAGCCAUCUUUUGCUCUGCCUGCAAUGAUCUCAUUUACGCGGAUACGUUUGAAGAUUUGUAUCGGGUCGCUCGUAUUCGAGUGGAAGAGGAGAACGAUAAGAGUCGGGAACAGGGUAGUAUUGUCCGAGGGAGAGGACCAUGGAUGCCCUGGAAAGCGAUUGCGGACUCUGCGUCUCGGCAGAGUGCGCCGUGUAAUGGCCUACGUCCUCUGCUCAACCUCUCUCAAACUUGUUUUCUAUCCGCCAUACUCCAAGCUUUUAUCCAUAACCCAUUGUUCAAAGCGUACUUUUUAUCCGACAGGCACAACAGACAUGUCUGUGCGAAUGGCUCGGGAAUCGGAAAGCUCAUCACCGGGCCAGAUGGUGCGCCGUCUACAGAGAGGGAGAAAGGAUGCAUGUGCUGCGAGAUGGACAGAGCAUUUGAAGAGUUUCACAAUCAUGACAAGGCGCCUUUCGGACCUAUCACGAUGUUAUACGCCAUGUGGCAUGCCAGUGCCGAACUCGAGGGGUACGGCCAGCAGGAUGCUCACUCAUUCUUUCUCGCUGCCCUCGAGCAGAUCCAUACUCAUGCCAAAGGUCAACUAUCAAGCUGUAACUGUAUAGCUCAUCAAGCGUUCCUCGGGUCUCUCUCUUCCUCUGUGACAUGCUCAAAUUGCAAGACGACAUCUACGACGGAUGAUCCGAUCCUUGAUGUUCAACUUGAUUUCCCGUCUGCUCUCACGGAGGGACACGAAUUGACCUUGGCAGCCAUGUUGAGGCGGUAUUGUUCGGAAGAAAAGGUCGGAGAUCAUGGGAGAGGCUACGAUUGUUCGUCGUGUGGUGGUGGACAGGGCGUCGUGGCCACCAAAAAGCUAUGUAUCAAGAAGCUUGCUCCGGUGCUGUCGUUUCAACUCAAGCGCUUCGCUCACAAUGCUACGUCGAGCAAGAUUGAACAUGCCGUUAAAUUCCCAUCGCAUCUUAACAUGCGCCCCUUUGUCGAUACCACAAUCUCGUCGCCUGACGGAUCGAAACAAGUACCCAGUACGCCUGGAUCUAUCCCGCUCUCCGUAUAUGACUACGACCUUUUUGCCGUGGUGACGCAUGAAGGCAAAUUGGACAAUGGUCACUAUUGGGCAGACGUCUGGAGUAAUGGCGAGUGGUGGCAUUGCGAUGAUGACAAGGUCACACGCACGACACUCUCUCAAGUCUUGGCUCAAAAUGCCUACAUGUUAUUCUACGUCAAGCGAUCAUUAUCUUAUGCGCAACCUCAUUCAAAGCUCUUAAACCACGCCAAUGGAGAUUCCGUCAAUGGACAUGUUCCGAAUAGCAAUAGCUCGACGGGUAUUGUCAACGGUGGCAGGAUCGCUCAACCUGCCGGAACGAUCUAA